GCUCUAUAUAAACCCCACAAUCAAUACUCUCCUCUCAGCUAAGACACUCUUUGUCUCUCUGCAGAUAUACGUACAAACAUUUAUAUAUAUACGCACGAAUUGUACGAUUGUGUGCAGAUACAGGGGCAGGGAAGAAGCAAUUAUGGUGUAGCAGAAUCGCAAUCUCCGAAUUUGCAGGAAUUUUGGUGAAUUUGGUAAUUAAAGUGUAAGGUGCAGCUCGAGGGUGAAUUGAUGGGGAGUUAUUAUAAUGGUGAGGCGCUGACGCCGUCAGCUUCGUUCAAGGCUAAGAAGAAGUUGUUAUCGCGAGUUGGUUCUGAGGUGGACGACAUCGUUACGCUGUUGCAUGGCUCUGAUCCUGUGCGCGUCGAGCUCGCUCGCCUCGAAAACGAACUGCGAGAUAAGGAUAGAGAGCUGGGAGAGGCAAAUGCUGAAAUCAAAUCAUUGAAGCUCUCAGAACGCCUUAAAGAAAAAGCAGUUGAAGAGCUUACUGAUGAGCUUACAAAAAUUGAUGGGAAGUUAAAAGCAACACAAUCUCAGCUUGAAAGCAAGAAUUUAGAAAUCAAGAAGAUAAAUGAGGAGAAAAAAGCAGCUCUGGCUGCACAAUUUGCCGCAGAAGCCACACUUCGAAGGGUGCAUGCCGCACAGAAGGAUGAUGAGAUGCCUCCCAUUGAGGCUAUCAUUGCGCCAUUAGAGGCGGAGUUAAAGCUAGCAAGAACAGAGGUUGCAAAGCUACAAGACGACAACAGAGCCCUCGAACGACUCAGCAAAACUAAAGAAGCUGCUCUCCUGGAAGCAGAACAUACAAUCGAGAUGGCUCUAACGAAAGCAUCCAUGGUCGAUGAGCUACAGAACAAAAACCAAGAUUUGUGUAAACAAAUAGAGAUAUGCCAGGAAGAGAACAAAAUCUUGGACAAAUUGCAAAGGCAAAAGGUUUCUGAGGUUGAAAAGCUAACACAAACCGUUCAUGAGCUCGAAGAAGCUGUCUUGGCCGGAGGUGCUGCCGCCAAUGCUGUCCGCGACUAUCAACGGAAAGUGCAAGAACUAAAUGAAGAAAAAAGAAUUCUAGAACGCGAACUAGCUCGUGCUAAGGUAUCUGCAAAUCGUGUAGCUGUUGUCGUUGCAAAUGAUUGGAAAGAUGCAAGCGAUAAAGUAAUGCCGGUAAAGCAGUGGCUCGAAGAAAGAAAACUCUAUCAGGGCGAAAUGCAACAUCUAAAAGAUAAACUAGCCAUUGCGGAGCGCGCCGCAAAGGCUGAAGCUCAGUUGAAGGAAAAAUUCCAGCUGAGGUUUAAAGUAAUGGAGGAAAGACUUAAAGCUUCCCCGAACGGAACGACCGGCACAUUAUCGCAGGGAAGAAUUAAAUCUAAGUAUGCUUGGCGAAGGCAGACGCUCGGAGGCGCCGAAAACUUGCACAGGCAAUCCCGAAACUCGAACGGAUCGCCGUCUUUCGACGGCAAUGGUGCAUUGAACCGUACCGACACCGUGGCUUCGGAUACUAAUGAGAAAGGCAAUCAACCGACGGGCGACCAAGAGAAUCUGAACAACGGAAGAAUUACUAUAUACGAGAAUGGGAUUAAAAUCGAGACUGAAGACUAUGUUUCCGGAGUGCUCUAUGAUAUGCUGCAGAAAGAAGUUAUGAUGCUCCGGAAAGCUUGUCAUGAGAAAAACCAAAGCAUGAAGGACAAAGACAAUGCGAUCGAGAUGCUUGCCAAGAAAGUGGAGACGCUAAAUAAGGCGGUGGAAAGCGAGGCCAAGAAAAUGCGACGAGAGGUGGCUACAAUGGAAAAGGAAGUUGCGGCUAUGCGCAACGGAAAUGAAGAGAAGAAUCAUCGGCGCUCCACCGGCACCGGUGCAAGAGGUGCCAAUGCAAUGCCUCACACACAUUCCCUCAGGAAUGGAAGAUAUGCUUAAAGGGCGACACACACCCACAUUUGUAUAUUCACAUUACGAUCGAUCACGGUGAGUCAAGUCGAGUCGAGUUUAAGUACUUUUUACUAGUAUUGACAUAUAGUAGAAAGAUUUGUUGUUGAUGAUGAUGGUGUUUAGUACUUACUUACCGUUAGUAUUCUUUUUGGAUUUGAUCUAAUAAUCAUUCAUCGCUUAUAGAAAUGAUAUAUGCAUGCUUAGUAGAAAGAUUUGUUUGUAAGUGUGCUAUUUUGGAGUUUUGUGUGAUUUUGGGAUUGUUAGAAGUUUGUAUUUUGAAUUAGUGAGAAAUUUGUAAAUGAAGCAAGCUAUUAUUGUCUGA